CUUCCUUUUCUAUUAUGUAAAGUUUGCUCCUUUUGAUUACAUGUUAUUGGGUCACAGAUCUGGUCCUUUAUCUAAUUGGAUUCUUUCAACUAUUUGGAGGGAAAUUUUGAUUGUUUCUCUUGAUGGGUUUUGCUUGUAUCAGAUUAUUGGUUCAAUUUAUUGAUCUUAUCUUGCUGUAUCCUAUCUAAUUUAGCUCUUUGAAGUCGUAUUAUAUGGUCAUCACACAAGUUUUUGUUUGAAGUCGUAUUGGUUACUAAUUAAGUGAUUCUUUGCAUAUGACAACAGCAAUAGCUAUUGAAGAUGUCCUUAGAGAGGUAAAAAUACUGAAAGCAUUAUCUAGACAUAAGAAUCUGGUCAGAUUUUAUGAUGCAUUUGAGGAUGCCAAUAAUGUCUACAUAGUCAUGGAGUUGUGUAAAGGUGGAGAACUACUGGAUAAAAUUUUGUCCAGGGGUGGAAGAUACACAGAAGAAGAUGCUAAAGUUAUUGUUAUGCAAAUUUUAAGUGUUAUUGCCUAUUGUCAUCUUCAAGAUGUUGUGCAUUGUGAUCUAAAGCCAGAGAAUUUUCUUUUUGCCACAAGAGAAGAGGAUGCUUCAGUGAGGGUUAUUGAUUUUGGUCUCUCCGAUUUUAUAAGGUAA